GAGCGGGAGCGGCCCCGGCCCCCGGGCCAGAUGGCGUCCUACGUGGAUAACAGCUUCCGCCAGGCGGUGAUGAAGAACCCGGCCGAGAGGAGCCCCCAGGAUCUGGAAAUAGUGUAUUCCUACUUACACGGAAUGGAAGCGUUGUCUAAUCUGAGAGAACACCAACUUAGGUUAAUGUGUGAAACCGUGAGAUACGAAAGACAUGAAGCCAAUGAAGUUUUAUACUACCCUGAUGACAUUGGUACCUGUUGGUAUAUCCUUCUUUCUGGUUCAGUGUUCAUAAAGGAGUCCAUGUUUCUUCCAAGGAGCAGUUUUGGCAAACGUUCUGCAGGAAGCUUCAGGCGUGGCUGUGAAUGCAUUGUUUUAGAGCCUUCUGAAAUGAUUGUGGUGGACUAUAUGGAUGAAAAUGAAGAGUAUUUUCAGCGCCAAGCUUCUCAUAGACAGUCACGGAGAAGAUUUAGAAAAAUCAACCAGAAAGGAGAAAGGCAAACCAUUAUCGACACCGUGGAUCCAUAUCCUGUGGGAAAACCACCUUUACCUAGAGGCUACCAUACGGAAUGCACUAAAUCUCAGCUUCCUGCAGAUUUUACAAAACUACACCUUACAGACAGCCUCCACCCACAGGUGACCCACGUUUCUUCUAGUCAUUCAGGAUGUAGCAUCACCAGUGAUUCUGGAAGCAGUAGUCUGUCAGAUAUCUACCAGGCCACAGAGAGUGAGGCUGGUGAUAUGGACCUGAGUGGAUUGCCCGAAACUGCAGUGGACUCGGAAGAUGAUGAUGACGAAGAGGAUAUUGAGCGGGCAUCAGAUCCUCUGAUGAGCAGGGACAUUGUCAGAGAUUGUUUGGAAAAAGACCCCAUUGACAGAACGGAUGAUGACAUUGAACAACUCUUGGAAUUUAUGCAUCAGUUGCCUGCUUUUGCCAACAUGACAAUGUCAGUGAGGAGAGAACUCUGUGCCGUGAUGGUGUUUGCAGUGGUGGAAAGAGCAGGAACAAUAGUGCUAAAUGAUGGAGAAGAGUUGGACUCCUGGUCAGUAAUUCUGAAUGGCUCAGUUGAAGUGACGUAUCCAGAUGGAAGAACAGAAAUAUUAUGUAUGGGAAACAGUUUUGGAGUAUCCCCUACAAUGGACAAGGAAUAUAUGAAAGGAGUGAUGAGAACAAAAGUAGAUGAUUGCCAGUUUGUCUGCAUAGCCCAGCAAGAUUAUUGCCGCAUUCUCAACCAGGUGGAAAAGAACAUGCAGAAAGUGGAGGAAGAGGGAGAGAUAGUUAUGGUCAAAGAACACAGAGAGCUUGAUCGCACUGGGACAAGAAAGGGUCAUAUUGUUAUCAAGGGCACUUCGGAAAGAUUAACAAUGCAUUUGGUGGAGGAGCAUUCGGUAGUGGAUCCAACGUUUAUAGAGGAUUUCCUAUUGACCUACAGAACCUUUCUUUCCAGCCCAAUGGAAGUGGGCAAGAAGUUAUUGGAGUGGUUCAAUGACCCUAGCCUCAGGGAUAAGGUUACACGGGUAGUGUUGUUGUGGGUGAACAAUCAUUUCAAUGACUUUGAAGGGGAUCCUGCCAUGACUCAAUUUUUAGAGGAAUUUGAAAACAAUUUGGAAAGAGAGAAAAUGGGUGGCCAUCUGAGGCUAUUAAAUAUAGCAUGUGCCGCUAAAGCAAAACGAAGAUUGAUGACUCUGACAAAACCAUCUCGAGAAGCCCCUUUACCUUUCAUCUUGCUGGGAGGGUCUGAAAAAGGAUUUGGAAUCUUUGUUGAUAGUGUGGAUUCAAGUAGCAAAGCAACAGAAGCAGGCUUGAAACGAGGUGACCAGAUAUUGGAAGUAAAUGGUCAAAACUUUGAAAAUAUUCAGCUGUCUAAAGCCAUGGAAAUUCUUAGGAAUAAUACACAUCUAUCCAUCACUGUGAAAACCAACUUAUUUGUGUUUAAAGAACUCCUAACAAGGUUGUCAGAAGAAAAAAGAAAUGGUGCCCCUCAUCUCCCCAAAAUUGGAGAUAUUAAAAAGUCCAGUCGAUAUUCAAUCCCAGAUCUUGCUGUAGAUGUGGAACAGGUGAUAGGACUUGAAAAAGUAAACAAGAAAAGUAAAGCCAACACUGUCGGUGGAAGGAACAAGUUAAAGAAGAUACUUGACAAGACCCGAAUCAGUAUCUUGCCCCAGAAACCUUAUAAUGAUAUUGGAAUUGGUCAAUCUCAAGAUGACAGCAUUGUAGGAUUGAGGCAGACAAAACACAUCCCAACUGCAUUACCUGUCAGCGGAACCCUAUCAUCUAGUAAUCCUGAUUUAUUGCAGUCCCAUCACCGUAUCUUGGACUUCAAUACUACUCCAGAUUUACCAGACCAAGUUUUAAGAGUUUUUAAAGCAGAUCAGCAGAGCCGGUACAUUAUGAUCAGUAAGGAUACGACAGCAAAGGAAGUAGUCAUUCAGGCUAUCAGGGAGUUUGCGGUGACUGCCACACCUGAUCAGUAUUCUUUAUGUGAGGUUUCUGUCACUCCAGAAGGAGUCAUCAAACAAAGGCGGCUUCCAGAUCAACUUUCCAAGUUAGCAGAUAGAAUACAGCUAAGUGGCAGGUAUUAUCUGAAAAACAACAUGGAAACAGAAACCCUGUGUUCGGAUGAAGAUGCUCAGGAGUUACUGAGAGAAAGUCAAAUUUCACUACUACAGCUUAGUACGGUUGAAGUCGCUACCCAACUCUCCAUGCGAAAUUUUGAGCUCUUCCGCAACAUAGAACCCACAGAGUACAUUGAUGAUCUCUUUAAGCUCAAAUCGAAAACCAGCUGUAUAAAUCUGAAAAAGUUUGAAGAAGUCAUUAACCAAGAAACCUUUUGGGUAGCAUCUGAGAUUCUGAGAGAGACCAACCAGCUAAAGAGGAUGAAGAUCAUUAAGCAUUUCAUCAAAAUAGCAUUACAUUGUAGGGAAUGCAAGAAUUUUAAUUCGAUGUUUGCAAUUAUCAGUGGACUGAACCUGGCCCCUGUAGCAAGACUUCGUACUACUUGGGAAAAACUUCCCAGCAAAUAUGAAAAGCUUUUCCAAGAUCUCCAGGAUUUAUUUGAUCCAUCUAGAAAUAUGGCAAAAUAUCGUAAUGUCCUAAAUAGUCAAAACCUGCAGCCACCUAUAAUUCCACUAUUUCCUGUUAUCAAGAAAGAUCUUACAUUCCUUCAUGAAGGAAAUGACUCAAAAGUGGAUGGCUUGGUCAAUUUUGAAAAGCUGAGGAUGAUUGCAAAAGAAAUUCGCCAUGUUGGUCGCAUGGCUUCUGUUAACAUGGAUCCAGCUCUAAUGUUUAGGACUAGGAAGAAGAAAUGGAGGAGUUUGGGGUCCCUCAGCCAGGGAAGCGCGAAUGCCACGGUGCUAGACGUAGCCCAGACAGGUGGGCACAAAAAGCGGGUGCGUCGAAGUUCCUUCCUCAAUGCCAAAAAGCUUUAUGAAGACGCCCAAAUGGCACGGAAAGUAAAACAGUACCUUUCCAAUUUGGAUCUGGAGAUGGAUGAGGAGAGUCUCCAGACUUUGUCGUUGCAGUGUGAACCAGCAACCAAUACAUUACCUAAGAAUCCAGGGGACAAGAAGUCUGGCAAGUCUGACACAUCACCUGUGGCUCCACGAGCAGGAACCCAACAAAAAGCGCAACAGCAGCAGCAGCAUAAAGUAAACCAAGGCCUGCAGGUUCCUGCUGUGUCUGUUUAUCCUUCCCGUAAAAAAGUACCCGUCAAAGAUCUUCCGCCAUUUGGUAUUAAUUCUCCUCAAGCCCUAAAGAAAAUACUUUCUUUGUCUGAAGAAGGAAGCUUGGAACGUCACAAGAAACAAGCAGAGGACACAAUAUCAAAUGCAUCUUCACAACUAUCUUCUCCUCCUACUUCCCCCCAGAGUUCUCCAAGGAAAGGUGGAAGUGGCAAUCAGCUGAGAUCUUAUGGCUCCAGACAGUCGGACCUAACCAGUUCCUCCUCUUCUCUUGGAAGUGAGAACAGUAACAAGAAUAACAAUGCUCCACGGACCUAUGGGAUAGGUUAUACUUUGGCUCCCAGUGGCACUGUGGAUAAUUUUUCAGAUUCUGGUCACAGCGAAAUUUCUUCCCGGUCCAGCAUUGUCAGUAAUUCUUCAUUCGACUCGAUGCCAGUCUCACUCCAUGAUGAGAGGAGGCAGAGGCAUUCCGUCAGCAUUGUGGAGACGAAUCUCGGUGUGGGAAGAAUUGAGAGGCGAACCAUGAUCGAACCAGAUCAGUACAGCUUAGGGUCCUACGCAGCAAUGCCUGAGAAUCGAAGCUUGUACACUGGGGCCACGGUGAUUUCUUCCCCGAGCGCAGAGGAGUUUUCUCAGGACCAGGGCGACCGCGCUUCCCUGGAUGCAGCAGACAGUGGCCGGGGGAGCUGGACUUCUUGCUCGAGUGGUUCUCAUGACAACAUACAAACUAUACAGCACCAGAGAAGCUGGGAAACCUUGCCUUUCGGGCACACUCACUUUGACAGUUCAGGGGAUGGGGCAGCUCUGUGGGCCUCGGGCCCGCAUACGGACCAGGUUAUAUUUCCUGAUCAUGGCACAAAGUAUGGCAGGCAGAGCCAAGGUCGUGAGAGUCUGGAACAAGCACAGUCUAGAGCAAGUUGGGCAUCCUCAGUUGGCUACUGGGGAGAGGACUCAGAAGGGGAUACAGGUACCAUAAAGCGGAGGGGAGGAAAGGAUGUUUCCCUUGAAGCAGAAACCAGUAGCAUAACGUCCGUAACUACAGAGGAGACGAAGCCUGUUCCCAUGCCAGCGCACAUAUCUGUGACAUCGAGUACUGCAAAGGGGCAUAUUGCACGCAAAGAGGGCCGGUAUCGGGAGCCCCCUCCAACGCCUCCGGGCUACGUCGGAAUCCCCAUCGCUGACUUUCCGGAAGGGCACGCCCAUCCCUCCAGAAAGCCUCCAGACUACAACGUAGCCCUGCAGAGGUCUCGGAUGGUGGCCCGAACAUGCGAAAGUCCCGGAACGCCCCCCGGGCAGCAGCAGCAGCAGCAGCAGCAGCCUCCCAGUCAGCCAGCCGGCCGGCCCGUGAACAAACCUCAGUGGCAUAAACCAAACGAGUCAGACCCCCGGCUAGCUCACUAUCAGCCCCAAGGGUUCUCGAUCGAGGACGAUGAAGAUGAGCAAGUCUCUGCUGUCUAAGAAUCGGGCUUUUCUGGAUCCAGAGUGAGCCAGCCACCUUAGAGGAGAGCACAAGAAGAUGCCCCUAUUAUAGGAGCCUUGGAACUCUAUUUAAAGGAUGGUGGACCUAUUGCCUCCUUCCCUGCCUUAAAGCAGCAUGGGGCUUCUUCUCCCCCUUCCCCACCCCCCCCACCCCCGCAUGUGAAAUACUGUGAAGAAAUUGCCCUGGCACUUUUCAAACUGUGUUGCUUGAAAUGCACAGUGCAGCAAUCUCUAAGCUCCCACUGUCGCUGUCUGCCACAUCACACGGUAUCAUUCCAAAUUCCAAGAUCAUUACAUCAAAAUGAUUCACUUCGGUUGCACUUCUCAAUGCCUGGAAGGGUUUUUUUAAUCUUCCUUUGUAGAUUUUAAUCAUGACCUAGCACUUGGUCUCAUUGGGAUAAAUGAGAUAAGCUAGCUAUCAAACCCUUUUGGGCCUUUAGCCAAGGAAGGAAAGAAAUGCAAUGAAAUCCUUUGAGUACAGUGCUCGUUUGCUUGUUUACAGUGCAUUUUUGUUGCAGUUCUAAAUGUUGUGUGGAGAGAGUAAAUGUUCUAUUUACAUAACUGCAGUAUUAUUUCAUACUUUUAAGUAGGGGUGCUGGUCUGGGUUUCUGAAAACCCGGGGCGGGGCUGAGUCGAAGACCCCGGGAGGCCCGGCAUGAAGAUGUCACCUAUGUUGGACCUUCUAACUUCACCCAGAGAAGGCUUGGAAGGAUGGACCACUCGCCACUCACUAAGGCCCAGGUGGACUGGCUACAAAUCUGCAGAGCUCUUCCUUUGGCCAUAUCCGGGGAGGGAAGCGGGAAUUUCAGCAUCCUGGCUGGAGUGCGGAAGAACGUUCCCCCAGCCUCACGGCCUGCUCCCGCCGCCGGAGAACCCCAUCUUGAAGUCAGACUCCUGAUUUUUUUUUUUUUCAUUAGCGGUUAUUUUAACAGAAGAGUGAUAACUGGAUAGCAUUGCAGUAGGAGCAGCUUGGGAACCCCAGCUUGUGCCAGCUGUGACUACUGCUUUUUUAUGGGUGGUUUCCUCUCCCUGACCCGCUCCACCCCACCCUCCCCAUCCCUCUUUAUCGACUUGGCAUUAGGGAGUAAUCAAGCCUUUAAACAAUGACAGGUAAAAUCACCUGGUUUUGAGAAGCCAGCCUUUGCAAUGCAAAACACUCACAGGAAGGAAACUGCUCAAUGGCUUUAAGGACACUGCACGUGUAGAGAAGGCCGGUGGACAGACGUGUAGCAAACCACCUGCUCACAGCUGCUAUUAACCCCGUAAUGACUGAGAUGUCCCCUCCCCUCUAUUUUUGUGUUGUUUUUGCACAGACUCCGGAAAAGUGAAGGCAGCCAAUCCGAGUAGUACUCAGACGUGAGGAACUGCUGGUCUUGGAUUUUUGCUCCAUUAAACUCAGCUGAUCAUAUUGAUCAGUAGGUAAACAUGAAUUGCUUCAACUUUUAAAACUCAAAUUGCAGUGUUUUUUCACUGUAUCAAACAAUGUCAGUGCUUUAUUUAAUUAUUCUCCCGUAAUCAUGGCUUUUGUCUACUUGCUUAUAUAUCAUAUUGUCAAUUAUGCAUUUGUAAUUUUACCCGUAAUAUGCAUUAUUUGCCAGUUUUAUUAUAUAGGCUCUCGACCUCAUGUGCGUAUAGAAAGACAGAAACCUAGCUCGAUCACAAGUUGCACAAAUGUUAUAUAAGCAGUAAGUAAUUGUAGAACAUAGGACUGCUAGUCUCAGUUCGCUCUGUGAUGUCAAGUGCAGAAUGUACAAUUAACUGGUGAUUUCCUCAUACUUUUGAUACUACUUGUACCUGUAUGUCUUUUAGAAAGACAUUGGUGGAGUCUGUAUCCCUUUUGUAUUUUUAAUAAAAUAAUUGUACAUAUUGGUUAUAUUUUUGUUGAAAAUGGUAGAAAUGUAUUAUGUUUAUGCUCCUACAUCCAGUUUGUACAAAGCUGGAAAAUAAAUAAAUAUAACAUAA